AUGGUCCUUUUGUUGUUCCUGGCAAUCCUGCUUUUGAAGGAAGAUGCUGGUAGAAAUGCUGGCUUUCUGGCUUCUGCCCAGUCCAAUGAGAGGAGGGUGGUUGCUCACAUGCCUGGUGAUAUCAUCAUUGGGGCUUUAUUUUCAGUCCACCACCAACCCACUGUGGACAAGGUCCAUGAGAGGAAAUGCGGAGAGGUCAGGGAACAAUAUGGCAUUCAAAGAGUGGAGGCCAUGCUCCACACCCUGGAGAGGAUUAAUUCAGACCCAACACUGUUGCCUAAUAUUACAUUAGGCUGUGAAAUAAGGGACUCUUGCUGGCAUUCUGCUGUGGCCCUAGAGCAGAGCAUAGAGUUUAUACGAGAUUCCCUUAUUUCUUCAGAAGAGGAAGAGGGCUUGGUGCGCUGUGUUGAUGGGUCUUCCACCCCAUUUCGCUCAAAAAAACCCAUAGUUGGUGUGAUUGGCCCUGGCUCUAGCUCUGUGGCGAUCCAGGUUCAGAACUUGCUCCAGCUUUUCAAUAUACCUCAGAUUGCAUAUUCAGCCACAAGCAUGGACUUAAGUGACAAAACUCUGUUCAAAUAUUUUAUGAGAGUCGUACCAUCAGAUGCGCAACAGGCUCGGGCCAUGGUAGACAUUGUGAAAAGAUACAACUGGACCUACGUUUCUGCCGUGCACACAGAAGGCAACUAUGGAGAAAGUGGGAUGGAAGCAUUCAAAGAUAUGUCAGCCAAGGAAGGCAUAUGCAUUGCUCAUUCCUACAAGAUCUAUAGCAAUGCUGGGGAACAGAGUUUUGACAAGCUGCUGAAGAAGCUUAUCAGCCACCUGCCCAAGGCAAGAGUGGUGGCCUGCUUUUGUGAAGGGAUGACAGUGAGAGGUUUGCUGAUGGCUAUGAGGCGCCAGGGGCUGGCUGGAGAAUUUCUUCUUCUAGGAAGUGAUGGUUGGGCUGAUAGGUAUGAUGUGACAGAAGGAUACCAACGUGAAGCUGUUGGUGGAAUCACAAUCAAGCUCCAGUCUCCUGAUGUAAAGUGGUUUGAUGAUUAUUACCUGAAACUCCGACCAGAAACCAACCUACGAAACCCUUGGUUUCAAGAAUUUUGGCAGCAUCGUUUCCAGUGCCGACUAAAAGGGUUUUCACAGGAAAACAGCAAAUACAAUACCACUUGCAACACUAAAGUUAGUUUGAAAACACAGAGCAAAUAUCAAAUAGUAACAAAGGUUGGUGAAAGGUAUGAAAUCAUGAAUUUCAAGGAAAUGGGAAACAACUAUUUUGAUUAUAUCAAUGUUGGCAGCUGGGAUAAUGGUGAAUUGAAAAUGGAUGAUGAUGAAGUAUGGCCCAAGAAGAGUGCCAUCAUUAGGUCUGUAUGCAGUGAUCCUUGUGAGAAAGGCCAGAUCAAGGUUAUCCGAAAGGGAGAAGUCAGCUGUUGUUGGACCUGUACUCCUUGUAAAGAGAAUGAGUUUGUUUUUGAUGAAUACACAUGCAAGGCAUGCCAGCUCGGCUCCUGGCCCACUGAAGAUCUUACAGGUUGUGAUCUGAUCCCAGUGCAGUAUCUGAGAUGGGGUGACCCAGAGCCAAUUGCAGCUGUGGUGUUUUCCUGCCUGGGGCUGCUGGCAACCCUAUUUGUCACAGCAAUCUUCAUCAUGUACCGAGACACUCCAGUUGUCAAAUCCUCCAGUCGGGAACUCUGCUAUAUUAUUUUGGCUGGCAUCUGCUUGGGUUACUUGUGUACUUUCUGUCUCAUUGCAAAGCCUAAGCAGAUUUAUUGCUACCUGCAGAGAAUAGGCAUUGGCCUCUCUCCAGCCAUGAGCUACUCUGCACUGGUCACCAAAACCAAUCGCAUCGCCAGAAUUCUGGCUGGCAGCAAGAAGAAGAUCUGUACCAAGAAGCCAAGGUUUAUGAGUGCCUGUGCCCAGCUGGUCAUUGCAUUCAUCUUAAUUUGCAUCCAGCUUGGCAUAAUUGUUGCCCUUUUCAUAAUGGAGCCACCUGACAUAAUGCAUGACUACCCAAGUAUCCGGGAAGUCUACUUGAUCUGUAACACCACCAACCUGGGUGUCGUAACUCCCCUUGGCUAUAAUGGAUUAUUAAUUUUAAGCUGUACCUUUUAUGCAUUCAAGACCAGAAAUGUUCCAGCUAAUUUCAAUGAAGCCAAGUACAUUGCUUUCACAAUGUACACCACUUGCAUCAUAUGGCUGGCCUUUGUGCCCAUCUAUUUUGGAAGCAACUACAAAAUCAUCACCAUGUGUUUCUCAGUCAGUCUCAGUGCCACAGUGGCACUGGGCUGCAUGUUUGUCCCGAAGGUCUACAUCAUUCUGGCCAAGCCAGAGAGAAAUGUGAGAAGCGCCUUCACGACAUCUACAGUGGUGCGGAUGCAUGUCGGAGAUGGAAAGUCAUCCUCAGCUGCCAGCCGGUCAAGCAGCCUAGUCAACCUGUGGAAAAGGAGGGGUUCAUCUGGAGAAACCUUAAGGUACAAAGGCAGGAGACUGGCCCAGAACAAGUCGGAAAUAGAGUGUUUCACCCCCAAAGAGAGUAUGGGGAAUGGUGGGAGAGCAACCAUGAGCAGAGUAACAGCUUCCUUGACAAUAUCUGAAGCAGUGACAGCUGGGAAGUCCAGCCAGAGAGUUGGUCCUCCUUCAUGUCGACAGUAUAAGGACUCAACGUGCUCACACCUGCUUGUUGGUAAAGAAUCUCCUCACCAUAUGGCACUCACAGAUGGGCCAUGUUCACAACUGUUCCAAUCCCGUUUUGAGGAAUGCUCUGCCAGAAAACUGUCAGACUCAUCUUCAAACAAUAUCAACCGUAAGGCCAUUUGA